AGAGCACCCCAAGUGUCAUCAUCCCAACUUUGUCUCCGUUCAGAAAUUUGUGUCACAUGGAGGAACCAUUUCCCACCAAUCAACAUGACUUUUUAUUUAAUUAUACUACUUGCUGGGUGGAUGGAUCCACAUCUGUGUUUCAUCUUGUUGGAAUCAUUCUCAUUUUAGUCCUCCUCUUUCUCUAAUCAAACACUUUUUGCCUUGAUUUCAGUUUGAGCCAACAAUGGCCGAAGCAAUUGCUUUUGACAUUGCCGCAGAGCUCAUUAUUAAGUUGAGCUCUCGUGCUCUCUCUCAAGUUGGGCUGUGGUGGAAUCUAAAACAUGACAUCCACGACCUCAAACGCACUGUCUGUCAAAUCAAAGCUGUGCUUCUUGACGCAGAAGAGAAAUCGGUGACCGACAAUCUCGUCAAAGUUUGGCUUGAAGAGCUGAAAGAUGUACUUUAUGAUGCCGACGACUUGCUCGAUGAUUUCUCUACUGAAGCUUUGCGGAAAGAUGUAUCGGGUGGGGACAAGCUGACGAAAGAGGUACGCCUUUUCUUCUCAAGCUCAAACCAAUUAGCUUAUGGUCUUAAAAUGGGUCGGAAAAUGAAGGCCAUUAAGGCGAGAUUAGCUUCAAUUGAAAGUGAGGCCAACACUUUUGGCUUCAUUCCGCGUGAUCGCCCCGCGGAAACCUCUUUCAUGACUAAAAGGAGGCAGCAAACGCACUCUUUUGAGCGUGAAGAUGACAUAAUAGGGAGGGAUGAUGAUAAAGCAGCUCUUCUAAAACUCGUGCUGGAGUUUCAAAGUGAAGAGAAUGUUUAUAUCAUUCCAAUUGUGGGGUUUGGAGGGUUAGGGAAGACUGCUUUGGCCCUACUUGUCUAUAACCAUGAAAUGGUCAAAAAUCAUUUUGACUUAACGAUGUUUGCGUGUGUUUCAGAUGAUUUUGAUGUGAAAGUUAUUGUAGCAAACAUUAUCAAAUCUGUGACUAAUCAAGCACCUGAUCAAAAUCUUGAAAUGGAUCAAUUGCAAAAACAACUUCGAGAUAAAAUUGAUGGGAAAAAAUAUUUGCUUGUUUUGGAUGACAAUUGGAAUGAGGACCCAGAAAGGUGGUCUAGGCUAAAGAAGUUAUUGAUGGGUGGGGCUAAAGGGAGUAGGAUAAUAGUAACUACUCGAUCUCUAAGGGUAGCGGAGAUAACCAAUAAAUGUCAAUCCCAUAUUUUGAAAUUGAAAGGCUUGUCUGAUGAUGAUGGUUGGUCUUUGUUCAAAAAGAUAGCAUUUGAGCAAGGAUAUGCGGACUCAACAAAUUCAGCCUUUGUGGAAGUAGGGAGACAGAUUUCGGAAAGGUGUGGUGGAGUUCCCUUAGCCAUAAGGACAAUAGCUGGUACAUUAUCUUUGAAGAAAACUGCAAAUGAGUGGCAUUCUUUCAAAGAAAACGAACUUGCUAAAAUAUCACAAAUUGAAGGAGAAAUUCUUCCUAUACUGAAAUUGAGUUAUGAUCAUCUCCCGUCUCAUUUGAAGCAUUGCUUUGCUUAUUGCCGAUUGUAUCCAAAAGAUUACAGAAUUGAAGUACAAGCGCUUGUUCAAUUUUGGAUUGCACAGGGUUUCAUAAAGCAAUUGAAUCAAAGUCAAUCUCUCGAGGAGAUCGGGUUUGGGUAUUUUAAAGAUUUAGUUGAAAGAAGUUUCUUCCAAGAAGUAGGAGAAAGAGAUUCAUGGGAAGGGCUAACAUGUAAAAUGCAUGAUUUAAUGCAUGAUCUAGCUGAAUCAGUAGCAGGGAUGGAGAGUAGUAUUGUAGAUUCAAAUAAAAUUGCAAGUGAUGUUGGUGAAAAAUGUCGCCACAUAUCAAUUAAUCCUUUAUUAAUUCCUUCAUUAUUACCUUUGUUUAAGGGAAAGAAGUUGCGAACCUUGUUACAUUUUCAAGACAGAAAAAAUCAAGAUUUGAGCUAUGAAACUUGGGAUUUGAUAAUUGCAAAUUGUAGAUGCUUGCGUGUAUUGAAAUUGAAUUCUAUAGGUAUUCAAAAGAUUUCACCCUCCAUUUGUAAGUUGAAACAUUUGAGGCACCUUGAUCUUUCUUAUAAUCCCGGUCUUAAGAUUCUCCCAAAGAGUAUUUGCAAGAUUCAGAAUUUGCUAGCGCUGAAACUUGACUGGUGUACUGGGCUUCAAGAAUUGCCAAAGAAGAUUGAAAAAUUGGUGAAUCUUACCCAUCUUGGGUGUGAAGCUUGUUUUCGUUUAACUCAUAUGCCACAUGGAAUAGGGAAGCUGACUUCACUUGAGACGUUAAGCAGGUUUGUAGUGGAUAAAGAUGGGUCCCAUGGCGGUGCAGAUCUAAGUGAAUUGAGACUGCUUAACAACUUAAGGGGACGUCUAGAAAUAACAAAUUUGGGAUUCGUAAAAAAUGCAAAAGAGAAGUUUAAGGCUGCUAAUUUGAAAGAGAAGCAACAUUUGAGAUCGUUGGUUUUACAAUGGAAUGUGAAUGUUGAUAUUGAUGAUGAAGAUGAUGAUGAGAAGUCACUUGAAGACCUCCAGCCCCAUCCUAAUCUCAAGGAGCUCUUUAUUGCAGGAUGGAGGGGUGAUGCUGAGUUUCCAAGUUGGAUUUCUUUUCUCACAAAUCUCGUCCGUAUUAAAAUAAUGGGUCGUGGUGGUAAAUUCAAACAUCUCCCAUCCUUUGCUCAAUUUCGUUGUCUUAAAGGGCUGGAGAUACAUGAUUGUACUAAGCUGGAGUACAUGGAUGAUAAUAGCCCAAAAGGAAGUCAAGGAGAACCACAAUCAUUCUUCCCAUCACUAAAGCAUCUUCUCCUUGUGAAUUGCCCAAAUAUGAAGAGUUGGUGGAGGACGAUAAAACCAAUCGAUGAUGAUUCCAACGAGGACGACACAAUAGUUAUGGGAACAUCAACCAUGGCAUUUCCUUGUCUUUCCACUUUAUGGAUUGUAAAUUGCCCUUUGACUUUGAUGCCACUGUAUCCAUCACUCGAUGAUAAGCUAGAAUUGAGGAAUACCAGUUCAAGGCCGUUAAAGCAGACUAUCAAGACGAACAUCAAUGCUAAGGCCCCAUCAACUUCAACCUCUUCUCUUCCACUCUCCAAAUUGAAAUCUUUCGAUGUACACAACAUUGAGGGGUUGGACACUCACACGCUAGAUGAGUGCCUGCAACAUCUCACCAGCCUCAAAAGAUUAACAAUAGGAGAUUGCAAGGAGGUUGAUUUAGAGGGCAUUCAAUGGGAACCCCUUAAGAAUCUCCCUCAUUUGGAGAUUGAUAAUAUUCCAAAGCUGGUGUCUCUCCCCAUUUGGCUUCAACAUCUUGUUCAAUUGAAAACAUUAAAAAUUCGUAACUGCAAUGGAUUGAGGUCACUGCUUCCUGUGUUCCAACAGCUCACUUUCCUUGAAGUGUUUGAAGUCAAGAACUGCAAGGAGCUGGAGUUAUCUGGAGCUGGCAUCCAAAUAUUCCAAGAUCAUACAAGCCUACGCUCUCUAUGGCUGCAAAAUAUUCCAAAGUGUCGUCAUCUUCCGGAGUGGCUUCAACAUUUAACAAAUCUGCAACGGCUUUAUCUCUUUAAUUUGCCCAAUUUAACAUCUCUUCCGGACGAGAUGAGUUGCCUAACCAGUUUGAAGUAUUUACAAAUAAUAGAAAUUCCUCAGUUGGAGGAAAGAUGUCGGAAGGACAUUGGCACUGAUUGGCAAAAGAUUGCUCACAUCCCCAACAUUUGGAUGUUUUAGAAAGGCAUUGGAGAAAGGCAUUAGUCAACUUCAAUCAUUUUAUAUGCAUAAAAAGAGGUGCUAAUUUAUCUAUUUGCUUUUUACUUUUAAAUCAUAAUAAUAACUUGACAAUUGCUUCUAAUAAUUUAAUUCUAAAAAAUCAUUGAUGUGGAGAGAGAGGCCUAUGAAGCCUUCAAAAUGGUUGUACUAUAUGCUCUGCUUUCUUCAUUUAAGCACUUAGCUAUCAUAUCUUUAUAUAUAUUUAUUUUUUCUCUUAAUAUAUGCCUACUGAUUACUAUCUUAGAUGGUACCUGUGCUAUUGACAGGCUUUUAGAGGUAUUCAAAUUCAUAACAUUCAUUGGUGCAGGGCACUCUUUUAGUUGUUUGGAAUUCCAGCCAAAUUUGUUAUUGAAGGUCCAAACAGGAAAAAAAAGGAUGAUGCUUCAAAAUAUUUGGUGGUGAGGUUGAAGUUGAUAAAAUGUUUCAUUAUGUAUAUAUCAACAACUAAACACACAUAUGUGCAAAUAUAAGGCUGAUAAUAACGGGAUUUGUAACAUAUUCUAUGUCGGCAUUUAUAAUUUUCAGGUUCAUUGAUGCUUUUGGAAGAGUCGUUCAAGCAUGACAAUUGCCAGACAUAUUGCAUUUGAAAAUUUAUUAUUCCACUUUACAUGGAGCUUAUUAAGAGCUUGAUUCAUAGUAGGAAAACCAUCGGAGUGUUGAAUGUGAAUUUUCACUUGCAUAGCUAAAAUGAGUUGGGAGAGAAUUUACUUAAUUGUACAAAAGUGAGAUUGCAUCAAGUGUUUGAGCACGACAUUAAAUGUUCGGCUUUAAACUCUCUUACUGUAGCAUUUAUAGUACAUAAAACUAACAUACUAUCGAUUGCAAUUAUAUUUGA